CUGCACAAAUUCGUCAAAUGGAUGACAAUCGAAAUAGAACAAUGCUAAAUAGUCAAGAACGCAAUAUUGUUAACAGUGUUAUACACGGAAAAUCUGAACAACAUACACCAAAAUUUGACAAAGACUUGCAAGAUUUAACACAGAAAUAUACUCCAAAUAAUCAGUAUCGUCCUAAAGACGGCCUAUAG